GGCCGUCUGGCUGCCAUUGUGGCUAAACAAGUUCUCCUGGGACACAAAGUGGUGGUUGUGGCAUCAAUAUUUCUGGCAAUUUCUAUCGCAACAAGCUGAAGUACCUGGCUUUCCUGCGGAAGAGGAUGAACACCAACCCCUCUCGUGGGCCGUACCAUUUCAGAGCUCCCAGCAGGAUCUUCUGGAGGACGGUCAGAGGCAUGCUGCCCCACAAAACCAAGAGAGGCCAGGCUGCCCUGGAGAGGCUGAAGGUGUUUGAUGGCAUCCCUCCACCUUACGACAAGAGGAAGCGCAUGGUUGUCCCAGCUACUCUUAAAAUUGUCCGCCUGAAGCCCACUCGCAAGGUUCUGUUCCUUGAUGGCAGGGGCCACCUACUUGGCCGUCUGGCUGCCAUUGUGGCUAAACAAGUUCUCCUGGGACACAAAGUGGUGGUUGUGAGAUGCUAAGGCAUCAAUAUUUCCGGCAAUUUCUAUCGCAACAAGCUGAAGUACCUGGCUUUCCUGCGGAAGAGGAUGAACACCAACCCCUCUCGUGGGCCGUACCAUUUCAGAGCUCCCAGCAGGAUCUUCUGGAGGACGGUCAGAGGCAUGCUGCCCCACAAAACCAAGAGAGGCCAGGCUGCCCUGGAGAGGCUGAAGGUGUUUGAUGGCAUCCCUCCACCGUACGACAAGAGGAAGCGCAUGGUUGUCCCAGCUGCUCUUAAAAUCGUCCGCCUGAAGCCCACUCGCAAGUUUGCUCUGCUUGGGCGUCUGGCACACGAGGUUGGGUGGAAGUACCAGGCCAUCACAGCAACUCUUGAGGAGAAGAGAAAGGAGAAGGCCAAGCUCCGCUAUGUUAAGAAAAAGGCUUCCAUCAGUCUGACCAAGGUGGCAGAGAAGAAUGUUGAGAGCAAGAUUGCAAAAUACACAGAUGUUCUCAAACAAUACGGUGUACUCGUCUGAGCUGGUUUCAUCUAGCAAAUAAAGACAAUAAAUGUUUAUAUAAA